GUUUUCUCUUCCGUGAAUAACGGGACUUGUGCGUGUUUCCGCGGGGGCGGAGUCUCACUAUAACCGGCCGCCGAGGGGAAGCUGAGAGGGAUCCGAGGUUCUCCUUCCGCCGUCUGUGCAGAGAGCAGUCUGAUAUCGCUGGGAGGAAAAUGUCAUGUGGGCUGUGGAAAGAGACCCUGGCUCUGGCAGAGGACUACCUGUCCCUUUGCUGCACAGGCCCACAACCAGCCCCUCCACCUCCCAGCGAGUCAGCCGCUGCCAUGAGACGCCUGGGCCAGGACAUGGAGAGGCAGCACGAGGCUCGCUUCCACUCCCACGCUCAGGCCUUCCUGAGGCAGUGCGGGCCGGACCCCUGCUCCAGCCUCAGGAAGGUGAUGGAGGAGAUGGUGGGAGAUGGACACUUGAACUGGGGGAGGGUUGUUUCCCUUUUCACCUUUACAGGGGUGCUGGCCAGACAGCUGCUGGAGCAGAAGGCCGCUAAGCCGGGGCUGGACCCCGGACAGGGGUUGAGACAGGAACUGGGACAGUGGCCCGGGAUCUGCAGGGGACUGGCAGAGACCAUAGCUGAUUACCUGGGAGAGGAGAAGAAGGACUGGCUGCUGGAGAAUGAUGGAUGGGGUGGGUUCAGUAAGUUCUCCGUCAGUUCCAGAGAGGUGGGCCCGGACCUGUCGCUGAAGACGGCCCUGUUUGCUGCUGCCAGCUUGGGCCUCGCUGGACUCACCUUGCUCCUGGUGCGCUAGUUCAGACUUCUACAUCCUUAAUGUGUCCUCGUCCAUGUUUUCAUUUCAUUUGGCACAAUUAAGUAGAUAUUUGAAUUUCAACGUCAAUGCAGGGCUCAAUCUGUAGUAAAUUCAGGGUUUUGAUCGCAAGUCACCAACUGAAUGUUUGCACAUACUCGCCCCCCCCUUACACACACGUUAAUACUGACAUUUCGUCACUUGCUCCUUAAGAUUGUAAAAAACAAAAGAUCUUUAAUGCCUUCAUGAAUUUUGGAGUGAGUGACAUCAGUUCUCAUAUUUUCGACAGGUUCAUUUCUAAAGCACAGAUUUCUACACAGAACCAUCUUGCUCUCAAGGCUUGUAUUUUCAACUGUGAAAGCAGCUAAAAGAAAAAUCGUUUCAUUUCAACUUUCCCAGAGGUUUUGAUUUUGAAAAUUGUCAGCUGCCUUUGAUUCACUUGUUUACCUGAGUUGUGUAUGUGGUAUAGAACCAUUCUAGUGUACAAUGUAUAAAUUAAUAUAUUAUAUUUAUAUGAAAUGAAACUGUCAAGCAGUGGCCCUUUUGUAACCGAUCCACAGCUAAUUCAGUUGUUUCAUCGUUAAAGUCUGUCCUACAUUCAUGUGAAAUGUCUGAAUUAUUUGCCAGUAGAGCUGAUUGCAGUGCUGACGACCACACCACGGUGCUAUGAUAUGUUGUGAACUGUUUCUCAUAUCAAUCUACCAAACCAGGGACCAAUCUGACUUCAAACAUAUUGCUAUUAGAACAAACCGUUGCUAUGGCAUUUCCUCCCCCAGAUCUCUUAAACAUUAUAUUUUUACAUUGUUUUGUUCUAUUUAUUUGUCACUGUCUUUGUAAUAAAAAUAUAAAUCUUGCA